UUUCAUUGCACAAUUUUAAUUUAUUUAUUUAAUAAUACACCCGCUUUUAAUUAUUCUGAAACAAUAACUGGAACAUAAUAUUAUGAGAGUAAUCAAUUACUUGAUACUGGCAGCUUAACAUGGAAAUAACACUGACUGUUGUAUUGUUAACAAUCUACAAAGUAAACAAUAUACUUUAGGUACCGUACUUAUCGGCUAUCGAUGAGACGUGUUGGUGUUAGUGGGAGGAUUAGCUAAUAUAAAAAUGGAUAGUGAACUUCUUGAUAUAUCCACUAGUAAUAAAUUGCAACUUGCGUAUGGGAUUGGUCAUAUUUUAAACGAUGUUUGUGCCAGUCUCUGGUUUACGUACUUUUUAGUGUUUUUUCAUUUAGUAUUAGAGUUUUCUGCCUCUCAGGCGGGAUAUCUUAUGUUAAUAGGCCAAUUUACUGAUGCUUUAGCAACUCCCUUUGUUGGAUAUCAUUCAGACCACACAGAUAAUCUCAUAAGUGCAAAAUAUGGAAAAAGAAAACUUUGGCACUUGUUUGGUACAGUGUGUGUACUUAUAUCAUUUCCUUUUAUUUUUGUUGAGUGCAUAGGCUGCUCGACUACACAUAAAUGGGCACAGAUGUACUAUUAUUCAGCCUUUAUAAUAAUAUUUCAAAUAGGUUGGGCUUCAGUUCAAAUAUCACACCUUAGCCUAAUUCCAGAGUUAGCAGAAGACCCACAUGUCCGGACUCAUCUUACAGCUAUUAGAUAUGGCUUCACAGUUUUCUCGAAUCUCUUUGUAUACAUCUGCACAUGGCUAGUACUGCACUUAACAGGAAAAUGUGAUACAGAGCAAAUUGGACCAACUGAUGCAUGGAAGUUUAAACAUAUUGUCUUGAUCGUCCUCGGAGUAGGUACAAUUGCAUCAAUAGUGUUUCACUGUGGAGUUUCUGAGCGUCCCUCAAGGACUGCCUUAACUUACGAAGAGAGGAGAGCUGACACAUUACACACUUCUAUGUUCAGAAAACCUAUAUUAUAUCAGAUUGCAGGUAUUUAUAUGAGCACAAGAUUAGUUGUUAAUGUGUCCCAAAUGUUGAUACCACUGUAUUUACACCGAACCCUGGGACUCCCUGCUCGAACUUUAGCUGUGGUGCCACUGGCUAUUUACGUUGGAAGUCUCUUUGCUGCCGGUCUUCAAAGAUUAGCUCCAAGAUCUAUCACUCGCAAGAUUAACUAUUUUCUUGGCUCUGCAUGUUCUCUCAGUUGUUUUGCAUGGAUCUACCUUGACUAUGACGAAAUGUAUAAGAUAUAUUACAUUUAUCUUGUAGCUGUUUUAAUAGGUUUUGGUGGUGCACAAAUGCUAGUAACUAGUUUGGCACUAACUGCCGAUCUCAUCGGAGAGAGUACUCAUGCUUCAGCAUUUAUAUAUGGAAUCAUGAGUUUCACGGAUAAGCUGUCAUGUGGCCUAACAAUUGCAGUGAUACAGAUGUUUGCAGAACAAUCUGGAAUCGACUACUAUCGACUUGUUUUGGCCGGCGUUUGCGGUGGAGCUACAAUACUUGGACUUGCACUUACAUUAUUAUUGCCUAAUCAGACGCACAAUAUUCUCGUAAAUGAAGAAAGCUCAUCUGUAGGCGACCAUAGCGAAAUAGAGGAACACCGUGGAAUUGAAUGAAUAUUUGUUGUA